GGGCCGGUCUCCGCCGCCGCCGCGCUCCCCUCAAUGGGCCGGGGCCGGCGGCGGGGCUGAGCUCGGCCGUGCCGCGGGGAUGUCGCAGGCUCUGCCGGGCGCGGGGCACGUCAAUGACCUGCCCGACCACUCUCCGUGGGUGCGCGGUGCCGUGUCCGAGCUGCGGCGGCGGGCCGAGGCAGAGCCCGGCCAGCGCUGGCCGCAGCCCCUCUCCGAUGCUUUCCUGGUGCGGUUCCUGCGCGCCCGAGACUUCCACAUGGACCUGGCCUGGAGGUUAUUGAAGAAUUAUCAGAAGUGGAGAAUUGAAUGCCCAGAAAUAAGUGCAGAUUUACAACCAUCUUCUAUUCUUGGUCUUUUGCAAGCUGGCUAUCACGGAGUCCUAAGGUCAAGAGACCCACAUGGAAGCAAAGUUCUAAUAUACAGAAUUGGACAAUGGGAUCCCGGUUUGUUUACAGCAUAUGACGUGUUUCGUGUAAGUCUCAUCACAUCAGAGCUCAUUGUAAGGGAGAUCGAGACUCAGCGAAAUGGAGUCAAGGCCAUCUUUGACCUUCAGGGGUGGAGAUUUGCUCAUGCUUUUCAAAUCAGCCCAGCAGUGGCCAAGAAAAUUGCUGCUGUUCUCACAGAUUCCUUUCCACUGAAAGUUCGAGGUAUCCACUUGAUUAAUGAGCCUUUAUUCUUCCACCCAGUCUUUGCUCUAAUUAAGCCUUUUCUCACUGAAAAAAUAAAGCAGCGGGUGUACAUGCAUGGAAAUAACUACUUGCAAAGUCUGACCGAACACUUUCCCAUCAGCAUUCUCCCACAGGAAUAUGGGGGGGAGGAAGUCUCCAUUGAAGAGCUGGCCAAGGAAUGGACUGACUUCAUAAUGGCAUCUUCAGAUUAUCUUCAGAGCAUUUCUCUGGUUGCCUAGGAAUAAUCAAGUAUUUUAUCAAUUCUUGAACACUGGAAUUGGAAAUAAGUUUAAUAUGUAAAUUUCCAUUGUGAAUGAAACCGGUAUGUCUUUGCAGGGCACUCACUGAAUGUUAUAUUGGCUGCACUUUUGUACUAACUGGAGUCUGUCAGUUUGUAUGUCUGAAGAGAUUAAUGAAUUCUACAUGUUUGUCACACUGUUUGUUAUUGAGUAACUUGUAUGCCAGAAAGCUGAAGAGUGCAUUGACUAUCAGAUUGAUACUGCUGCUGUUAGGUCUUUGGAGACAACUCAUCUGUAGUAAUGUAGUCCAGAACCUUACACUUAGCUCUUGUAUCUUGGCUUGUCAAGACAAUACAAAACAAAGAAUAGACUGUGAAUAGGGUAGUUUGUUGCAGAAAUGAGACUAGUGGGCUGAUUUACAAGAAGUGAAGAGGCUGCUUUUUGGAGCUAUUCUCAGGGGAAAAAAAAUGCUCUUUUGUUAGUUUGUAUCAAAUUGAAAAUUAGUCAGCAAUAGUGAGACAUUUGUGUUACUCUUUGUGCUGCUUGUGCGUCUUCCCUUUUUGUCCUAAUUAACAGAGUAAUCUUCAAGUUUUAUAGAAAAACACGUACAUAUUCUUCAGAGGACAGUGUGAAUCAGGGGGGAGGAACUGGUAAAAGAGUCAUAACAACCUUGAAAAUUCUUAUUUUCUUUGUUCAAAGUGAUACUGUCUAUGGACAACUAUAAGCAACUCAGAUUAUUAUCCUUUAAUCCCCAGUGUAGAGGACUACAGAAGUCAAAAGUUUUCAGCUGUUUGCAUUAUCUGUUUGUUUCAGAGAGUAAAGUAGGUUAUCCUUUGCAGAUCUGAAGUUUAGAAAUAUCUGUUGUAUGUUUUAAGGAUGCUUUGAGGUCACUUUGGACCUCAGCAUGGGAGAUGCUUGGUAUCAUAAUUUUAUUUUCAGUACAGUAACUGCUCUUAACUCUGUUUUGUUUUUGCAUAAGCGCUAUAUAUUUAAGCAUUCCAAAUGAUUUUUCCUAUGAAUGAAUCCAUAAAAAUGCUUUUAUAUCAGGUAGUUAGAAAUUAUAACUUCAAUUAUUUUGUAAUCUUUAGGACAUUGGAAUGGCAUAUAGGAAUAGGGAAGAGAAAUGAAACUGUCCUGUUAUAUUAGAAAUGCCUUACUUUAGAUUGUGAUUAGUAAGGCAUUAUUGCAAGAGUCACUAGAAACUAUUCUUUAUUAGCAAGAGGAAAAUCUGUGAAAGUACCCUUAGAGUACAUGUUGGUUGUAGUUUCUUCUGCUGUGAUAAGAUCAAUGCCAGAAAUUCUUUCAAAACUGACAACAGCCUUUUAUUUUCCCCUUCCAAUUUCUGAAUUUCCUGAAGUGCCUUUUUAAUUUUUCUCUUUCAAAAUACUUUUAUAUGGGCCUGAAUUUAAAGAAACUAUAUUUAGAUAAAUGAUUAUAUGAAAAUGCAUUUCAUAUACAUUUCUUUUUCUCAGAUUUUGUGAUACUGUUUUGUGAUACGCUGUUUUGUGAUACAAAAGCUCUUUAAAUACAGGAGUUCAAUGAACUGCAAAUUCUUCUUUAUAAGAAAAUAGACCAAGUAGUCAGCUAUCUGGCAAUUGUUCAAGUGUGUAACUCAAGUUCCAAGUAAUUUACCAGUUGGAGACCCAAAGCUAUUGUCAUAAUAUUACAGUCCUUCAAUUUUAAUCUGUGAAUGUAAACUGCACAAAGGAAUGAACCAUGUUUCAGUGAACAAGAAAAUUUAAACUUUUCCUAUGAAACCCAUCUCUAUGGCUACUGGUUUAUGUAGCAGAAACCUCAUUUGAUUGCAUAUGUAUAUGCAUAUUUAGCUAGGGCUUUUUGAUCUUUAUUUGGACCUCACCAGCUCUAUUAAUAUAAAGUUCCUAAAUGUCUUAUGAUCCUGUUAAGUGGUAGCGUGUUUGCAUAACUCAGCAGUUAGAGCACUGAGUGCAGUUAUUUUUUCCUGAACUGUUAAUUAUUUUUUAAUGUUUACAUAUUACAUAGGAGGUAGGAACUCUUAAUUACCAUUGCUGCUAAUAAUAGGGACACAAUAUAAUUGGAAUAUUUACAUAAUGAGUAGUGAAGAUAUUGGUAUGAUGUGCGGUGGUGUUGCAGCUUUAAGCAGCAGCCAACAAAACAAAGAUCCCUAAGUGCAUUAUUCUUUAUAAACAUCGGGAGUGCCUCUAAAAAAAAUAAAGUUCCUGUUAAACGGUACAAAUAUAAUUUACUACUGACUGUAAGCACGAUGUAAUGCACAAUUUUUAAUGGUUUUUUCUCUGUAUUAACAUAUGUUUUAAUUAAUAAACCCUUUCUGGUUGAA